AUGGGCCUAAUCUUGAACGGAUACUUGACCUACUUUGGUCAUGACUUGUGGAUGCUAGUGACAUGCCUGCAUGCUAGUCUGCACGCUCUUGUCCUCCUCCUUGCAUGUUGGUUCUUACUCGACUUUCUUGGGACCUCUCGUGUCGUCUGCCAGUCGCCCAUCGUUGGAGGUGUGCUCGAGAAUCGUGAACAUCAAGCGCGAAGGCAAAUGAGGGAACUGAUGCAUUUGGUCCAAGACGGGGCCAUAUUUGGCGGUGGCAACAAGAUUGGCGUGAGCGGUGGUACCACCGAGUAUAGUGGUGCCACUGUGGAGGUGAACUCCAGAUUCGACAGUGAGGGUGAUUUUCGGGCUCGGCCGUGUGGCCAUGAGAUGGAGCCGUGGUCUCGACCAUAA